CCGAUAACACCUGGCUCACAAGGUGAGACAGGUGAUACAGGUGAGGUGUGAGUAACUUCAUGCAUGUAAGGAUGACCGGCAAACUGAGCAUUUACCUGUGUCUACUGGUCACUUGUUACCUUGGUGCCGUGUAUGUCUUCGUCGACCAGACUUGGAGGCCUGACCUAGCAUUAGACCACCGGUCAAUUGAUGGAGCACGUGACCACCGGUCAAUUGAUGGAGCACGUGAUCAGCUGUCAGUUGAUGGAGCACGUGACCACCGGUCAGUUGAUGGAGCACGUGACCACCGGUCAGUUGAUGGAGCACGUGACCACCGGUCAGUUGAUGGAGCACAUAACCACUGGUCAGUGGAUGGAGCACGUGACCACCGGUCAGUUGAUGUAGCACGUGACCACCGGUCAGUUGAUGGAGCACGCGACCACCGGUCAGUGGAUGGACACCAUUCAAACGUCUCUGUAAGACGGAGUGGUGUGUUAAAUAAAGCAACAACCAAAGACCUAGGCCAAACAAAAUGGCGGAGAGUGUUGACGAUAGUGGACUACAACCCAAGGCUCAACAAGAGCCAUCGAAUGACCUUUCACAAGUGUGAGUAUAAAAGUUGCACGAUGACGUCAUCAGCAGAGACGGCGGACUUGCUGUUGUUCAAUGGUGCGAGAAUGAAAGACGUCACUCUUCCGAAACGGUCGCCCAAUCAAAUCUGGCUGAUGUACUCCAGAGAACCGCUCGCAGCCAGUCCAUUCCUCGGGUUAGAUCGAGAUGACCUCAGGUGGUCAGUCAACUGGACAAAAACUCAUCUUAAGGACUCGACCUUUCCAUGCUCGUACGGCGUCCUCACCCAGCGACCAGCGCCCCAACUGGACUACGAAGAGAUUUACCGCCAGAAGAAGUAUGACGUAGCCUGGUUCGUAAGUCACUGCCAAACCUUAUCACGUCGUGAGGACUACGUCAGGCGCAUGACGUCACGCGUGAACGUGCACGUGUACGGCGCGUGUGGUAACUACACCUGUGGAGACAGGGGCUACGCCAUGGGCGGGAGCAAAGACAUGUGUCUCGAACUGCUGUCUCGAAAUUACAAGUUUUAUUUAUCUUUCGAGAAUUCCUUCUGUCGAGAUUACAUCAGCGAGAAAUUCUUCAACCUAUAUCCCGACAUCCACGUCAUACCAGUCGUCAGGGGCGGGGCUGAUUAUUCAACGGUGGCUCCUCCUAAUGCAAUCAUAGACGCCAAAGAUUUCAAAACUCCUGAGGAUCUUGGUCAGCAUUUACACAAUCUGGCACGUGAUAAAAAUCAAUACCUGGCCAUGUUAAAAAAUAAAAAUAGGUUAACUGUCCGGCAACAGAGCAACUUUGCCUGUGACCUUUGUAAAGCCCUCCACACAAGGUCACCACAGAACGUGUACCCGGACAUUUUUAAGUGGACACGGCGGCCAGGCGUCUGCUGGGAACCACAGGACUUAUGAAUGUUUUUUCCAGUACAACAUCUGCUCGUUUUUUUAAGAUGGGGGGGGGGGGCCAUAAAUGAACCAACUGCCUAAUUUAACAACCCAAAAAAAUGGUUUUUAGAUAUUAUGGUGCAACAAAUACUUUCAUUUUACUAUUUUAGCUAAAACCUAGAGCAAAUUUAUGUUUCCUUAUUAUUUUUACAUUAUAUUUGAACAGCUUUUUGUUAUUCUAAAGCUAUAAUACUUGUUUUAUUUCUAACUACCCCAACUGACAAUCUACAAAACAAAAAAUAAAACUCAAUGGGAUACAACUUUUGCUAGAAUUUCUUUUUUAAUAAAUAAAAAUUUAUUAUAGAAGUAAAAAGUUUUUAUUAGUCAACAAUACAUAAAUUACAUACAACAAUAACAAUGUUUUUUAAAAAAGCAAAAAUUUGUAAACUACCUACUACUAUUAAAAAUUCAAUCUGCUAUUGCUUAAAACCUUUUAAAAUAACCACACAAAAAAUUAUAUGAAAAUA